AUGGAUUCCCUCCAGGAACUGUACUGUCAGUUUUGUUCAGAAAACAUACGGAAAGCUAACCCUUUCAUACUGGGUAUACUCGAAAAACUGGAUGAAGAAAUUAAAAAGGGACCAGAAGAAGGAAUCACAGUAAAUAUUGCUGGUAAUAACCGCUUAGUCCCAACACAAAGAAUGACAGGUGAAGAUUUUUGGCUUCUUUCCAAAGUUUUAAGUAACCAGUCAUGUAUUACCGGUCUAGAUGUGAAGUAUAACCUCAUAGGUGAUGUCGGUGCCUACUACGCUGCAAAACUGCUUCAGAAACACCCACGUAUCACUUACUUAAACCUUAUGUUUAAUGAUAUUGGACCUGAAGGUGGAGAACUGAUUGCUAAAGCACUCCAUAAAAACAAAACUCUCAAAUACUUGAGAAUGACUGGAAAUAAGAUUGAAAAUGCGGGCGGCAUGUUUUUUGCUGCCAUGCUGCAGAUUAACUCAUCCCUGGAGAAGCUGGACCUGGGUGACUGUGACCUGGGGCUGCAGAGUGUGAUAGCAUUUACUACAGUGCUGACCCAGAACCAAGUAAUCAAGGCGAUAAACCUGAACCGACCUAUACUGUAUGGAGAACAGGAAGAGUCUACAGUUCACAUGGGCCACAUGUUGAAAGAAAAUCGCUUCCUUGUUGAACUGCACAUGUGUAAACAUGGCAUGAAAAAUAUUGGCAUGCAGCAGCUGUGCAAUGCAUUGACUCUGAACAGCAGCCUACGCUACCUUGAUGUCAGCUGCAAUAAAAUAACUCGUGAUGGAAUGGUGUAUUUGGCCGAUGUACUGAAAAUCAAUACUACCCUGGAAGUAAUAGAUCUUUCUUUUAACAGAAUAGAAAACACAGGUGCAAAGUACCUCAGUGAAACUCUAACUUCCCACAACAGGAGUCUUAAAGCAUUGUCCGUAGUCAGCAACAAGAUAGAAGGCGAAGGGCUUGUUGCGCUUUCACGGUCAAUGAAAACAAACCCUGUAUUAUCGCAUAUCUACAUUUGGGGGAAUAAAUUCGAUGAAGCUACAUGUGUGGCAUAUUCAGAUUUGAUGGAGAGUGGCCGGCUAAAGCCAGACAGUACAGAUGUGGAGCCAUAUGUGGUGGAUGGACGUGUCUACCUUGCAGAGGUCUCCAAUGGCCUUAAAAGGCAUUACUACUGGACACCAACUUAUGGCAAUGCUAACGACCACUCAUCUAACGCAGGCUUUGCUCUUGUUCCAGUUGGGCAACAUCUAUAA